UGGAGGAAGUUCACCAUGAAGGAGAAGAUGCUGACUGCACAGGCGCUGCUGAUGCUCCUCACACUCACAGAAAUCAACGCACAGCUCGAUGUGUGUGGUCAGGCAACGCUGAACACCAGGAUCGUGGGAGGCGUGGACGCCGCCCCGGGGGCGUGGCCCUGGCAGGCCAGUCUGCACUACAAUAACCAACACUUCUGUGGAGCCUCCCUGGUCAACGAUCUGUGGCUGCUCAGCGCCGCCCACUGUUUCCCCGGGAAUAUUUUCAACAACCAAUCGGGCCUGAUCAUUUACCUCGGCCGUCAGACGCAGGAACUGGCCAACCCCAACGAGGUGUCGCGUAACGUGUCGCAGAUCAUCAUCCAUCCCAGCUACAACACCGUCACAGGAGACAGCGACAUCGCGCUGGUGCGCUUCUCCGCCGCCGUCAACUUCACCGACUACAUCCGGCCCGUGUGCCUGGCAGGGACUGGCAGCUCCUUCAAGGUUGGACUCACCGCAUGGGUCACCGGCUGGGGAACCGUGAACGUGGGAGUGCCUCUGCCGUCCCCUCAGACGCUGCAGGAGGUGGACGUUCCCAUCGUGUCCAACUCAGUCUGUAACAACACCUACGGCUUCAUCACCGACAACAUGAUGUGUGCCGGCCUGUCCGAGGGAGGGAAAGACUUCUGUCGGGGGGACUCGGGCGGUCCGCUGGUGGUGAAGAACGGUUCGGUGUGGGUGGAGUGCGGGGUGGUGAGCGUCUCACGGGGCUGCGCCGAUGCCGAUGUCCCCGGAGUCUACACCCGGGUGUCGGAGUACGAGUCCUGGAUCAGAGGCCACAUCGGCACCAACCAGCCAGGCUUCAUCUCCGUCAGGGCGGCGGCCUCCUCCAUCGCCGGGGCCUUUCGCGUCCUCGUCCUGUCCCUUCCUCUGCUGCUCGUCCUGCAGUGAGCCGAGUGACGCCUGCGAUCAGCAGACCUCAGCCUGGGAGGCAGUUUCAUGGUUACAAUCUGAAAUCAGAACUUUUGUACAAAAUGCCUAAAACU